UUGAUUUUCUGUGUGUCGAAGUUUGUGUCUGUAGCAGAGGAAGAGGGAUGGGGAGGAGGAGGAGCUCGCCUGUGAGCGAUUUGUUAGUAUGGGUGAGGAGGCAGUCCAUGAGGGUGAAGAUUUCUUUUGGAGCUGUGCUUGCUCUUUGUGCUUUGAUCACUUUCAAAUUUACGAUCGAAGAUCACAACUACUUCUUCAUUGCCUCAGAAGCUGUCCACGCUGCAGGGAUCAUCGUCUUGCUUUACAAACUCACCACCAAAAAGACAUGCUCUGGCCUCUCACUAAGGAGUCAAGAACUCACAGCUCUGUCUGUUGCUACACGUUUGAUCUGUAGUACCCUCAUUGAGGGUGACAUUCACACAGUUCUAGAUUUUACCACCUUGAUGGCAACAACCUGGGUUAUGUACAUGAUCCGAUUCAAGUUGAAGUCAACCUACAUCAAGGAGCUUGACAACUUGGCCUUGUACUAUGUGGUUGUGCCUUGUGCUAUCCUUGCCAUUCUUCUCCACCCUUAUACAAUACAUUUUCGCUUAACUCGGGUCCUUUGGGCAUUUGGUGUGUAUUUGGAAUCUGUUUCAGUGCUGCCUCAGCUACGUUUGAUGCAAAAUGCAAAGAUGAUUGAACCAUUCACAGCCCAUUAUGUUUUUGCACUCGGAGUUGCAAGAUUCUUGUCAUGUGCUCAUUGGAUAAUUCAGAUUUAUGAGACUCGUGGGAAGUAUCUGUUUUUGCUUGGAAACGGGUACUUGUGGUUCUUGGCUGCUUUCCUCUCAGAAGUAGUCCAGACAUCUAUCUUGGCUGACUUCUGCUACUAUUACAUCAAGUGCUUCAUGCAAGGCCAACUUAUAGUGAAGAUGCCGGUUUAGAAAUCAGGCUUUGGAGAGCAAACAAUAUCUUUGCACUUGCCUUUUACCUAUAUUUGCUUUUGAACUAAGCAUACUUAGGCUAUCCAAACAGCGACUGUUCAAAUUUUGACAUUUAAAUUUCUUUCCCUUUCUUUUCUUGGUUUGCGCUAUACAUUUUAUAAGGAUUUGGGUUGCAAUUUUUUUAGUUUUUUUUUUUUUUUUUUUUUGCCAUUUGAAGCAUCCUUUUAGGAGUAACAGUUUCAUAUGUAAUGUUUAAUUUUC